AUGAAGGUCGUGACAUCACACAGGAAGAAGCUAGCCGAAGAACAAACCCUCUAUCAAGCUGGUCCAUCCCGUCAAGUCGUGGCGUCUCGCCUACGAACGUUCUACUUUGUAUUUAUGACGACUGUGUUUACUGCUGCUACAUUACUUCCAUUCAGAAUUAGUUCCAUUAUAAUGAGCUUCAGCGAUCAUCAUGAGAUUUUCAAUCCAUUGAUAACGGUCACGGUAUUACCACAAUAUCGUUGUCGUCCAAUUCGUCAACUACUGAGCAAUACUACAAGAAGCGAAACGAAACCAACUGAUCUGUGA